CAGUUCCUCUUCUUCAGUCCCCUCCCUCCCUGUCUCUGCCUCUCCCUCCCUUCCUCAGGCAUCAAAGCGGAGACUUCAGGGAGAUCAGAGCCCAGCUUGCCAGGCACUGAGCUAGAAGUCCUGCCAUGGCACCCCUGAGACCCCUUCUCAUGCUGGCCCUGCUGGCAUGGGUUGCUGUGGCCGACCAAGAGUCAUGCAAGGGCCGCUGCACUGAGGGCUUCAACGCUGACAAGAAGUGCCAGUGUGAUGAGCUCUGCUCUUACUACCAGAGCUGCUGCACAGACUACACGGCUGAGUGCAAGCCCCAAGUGACUCGUGGGGAUGUGUUCACUAUGCCAGAGGAUGAGUAUGUGGUCUAUGAUGAUGGUGAGGAGAAGAACAAUGCCACCAUCCAUGAACAGCCAGAGGGCUCCUCCCUGAGCCCUGACCUCCAGGCCCAGCGCGAAGGGAAUCCUGAGCAGGCAACUGUUCUGAACCCUGAGGAAGAAUCCCCUGCACCUGAGGUGGGCACCUCUAAGCCUGAGGGGAUGGACUCAAGGCCCGAGACCCUUCAUCCAGAGACCCCUGAGCUCCCAGCAAAGGAGGAGCUAUGCAGUGGGAAACCCUUCGACGCCUUCACCGACCUCAAGAACGGUUCCCUCUUUGCCUUCCGAGGGCAGUACUGCUAUGAACUGGAUGAAAAGGCAGUGAGGCCUGGGUACCCCAAGCUCAUCCGAGAUGUCUGGGGCAUCGAGGGCCCCAUUGAUGCUGCCUUCACCCGCAUCAACUGUCAGGGGAAGACCUACCUCUUCAAGGGUAGUCAGUACUGGCGCUUUGAGGAUGGUGUCCUGGACCCUGAUUACCCCCGAAAUAUCUCUGAUGGCUUCGAUGGCAUCCCAGACAAUGUGGACGCAGCCUUGGCCCUCCCUGCCCAUAGCUACAGCGGCCGGGAGCGGGUCUACUUCUUCAAGGGGAAACAGUACUGGGAGUACCAGUUCCAGCACCAGCCCAGUCAGGAGGAGUGUGAAGGCAGCUCCCUGUCGGCUGUGUUUGAGCACUUUGCCAUGAUGCAGCGGGACAGCUGGGAGGACAUCUUCGAGCUUCUUUUCUGGGGCAGAACCUCUGCUGGUAUGAGACAGCCCCAGUUCAUCAGCCGGGAAUGGCGUGGUGUGCCAGAGCAAGUGGACGCAGCCAUGGCUGGCCACAUCUACGUCUCAGGCAUGGCACCCCGCCCCUCCUUGGCCAAGAAGCAAAAGUUUAGGCGUCGCAACCGCAAAGGCUACCGUUCACGCCGAGGCCACAGCCGUGGCCGCAACCAGAACUCCCGCCGGCCAUCCCGCGCCACGUGGCUGUCCUUGUUCUCCAGUGAGGAGAGUAACUUGGGAGCCAACAACUAUGAUGACUACAGGAUGGACUGGCUUGUGCCUGCCACCUGUGAACCCAUCCAGAGUGUCUUCUUCUUCUCUGGAGACAAGUACUACCGAGUCAACCUUCGCACACGGCGAGUGGACACUGUGGACCCUCCCUACCCACGCCCCAUCGCCCAGUACUGGCUGGGCUGCCCAGCUCCUGGCCAUCUGUAGGAGGCAGAGCCCACGAGGCUGGGCCCGCUGUAGCUCCCUCCUCCAAUCUCCUUCCCCCAGCCCAAUAAAGGUCACUUAGCCCUGA